GGCCAGCCCGGCCACUUCGGAGGACCUCCACCCGGACCACCGCCUAUGCAAGGCCAGCCGCCACUGCCUCCUGGCUGGACGACGCAGUUCGACCAAGCCAGCGGACGAAACUACUUCAUUGACCCAACAGGUCGCAGUCAAUGGGAACCGCCGGCACCUCCUCCAGGAGGGUUUGGUGGUCCACCUCCAGGCCCUCCUCCGCCUCAGCAGGGUGCUUAUGGCCAAACCCAUCCACAGCAGCAAAUGGGCGGUAUGCCAGUGGGUCCAGCAGCGAUGCCAUCUCCAGGCUACGACUUGAGGCAACGGGCCAACUUUGAUGCCUCAAGAGCAGCUGACGACUGCCGCGCAGCGAUGAAGGGCUUUGGCACAGACGAGACCAAGUUGAUCCAGGUCCUGGCCUCCUUGGGUCCUCUAGAAAUCGAAGCUCUGAAGCAGACUUAUCAGCAGCGGCAUCGUCGCGACCUGAUGAAGGAUGUGCAUGGCGAGACGUCAGGCUAUUUCCGAGAGGGACUCGAAGCAAUCAUUCGAGGCCCACUCAGACAAGACUGCCAUGUGAUCAACGAGGCUAUCAAGGGAAUAGGCACCAAGGAGAGUGCUCUUGACGAUGUCAUGCUCUCGCGUUCAAACGCAGAUAUGAACGCCAUCAAAGCACAGUAUCAACAAGAGUAUCGCCGCACCCUGGAAUCUGACGUCAAGAACGACCUUAGCAUGAAGACUGAGCGAAUGUACGAAAUGGUCAUGGCUGCGCGAAGAAAUGAAGAGUCCGCACCUGUCAUUCCCCAGCAGAUCGAUCAGGACGUCAAGGAGAUCUACGGCGCAACAGAAGGCCGCACAGGGACGGAUCAGAUGACUGUCUGCUCAGUCUUGACCUCGCGCAGUAAUGGCCAGAUUCGUGCGAUCUCACAAGCGUACAAGCAGAAGUAUCACAAGUCGCUAGAAGACGUCAUCAAAAAGGAGUUCUCUGGUCACAUGGAAGAUGCACUGCUAUUUAUGGUUCGUGCGGCUACGGACCCAGCCAAGCAUGAUGCGGACCUCCUCGAAGAUUCCAUGAAAGGGCUCGGCACCAAGGACACGGCUCUCGUACGACGAGUCGUCAUGAUCCACUGGGACAAACAGCGUCUCCAACAAGCCAAGGCCGCAUACAAACACUUCUACAAGCGGGAUCUGGCGGAGCGCAUCAAGUCCGAGACCAGUGGAGACUACAAGAAACUGAUGGUCGUAUGUGUUGGCGGCAUGAUCUGAAUGCGUUAUCACUGACAUCUUCUAGCUCUUUGAGUGAGCUUUGGGCGGCGUUUUGAAAUUGGAUUGAUACCCGAGAGGGACGGAAACCGGAGGGAUUUGUGAUGAAGCGUUUGGAAACUAGUGAUGGGGUCCACCAACCUGUGGAUGGUGUACACGCUCUGUAAUACACUAUGUAUACGACCCUUUUAGGCGAG